GUCAAGUGAUCAGUGCAUAAAGAUGGCGGAUCCACUGAGUUUGUUGCGGCAAUAUAAUGUUAAUAAAAAAGAAAUAAUUGAACGUGAAAAUCAAAUAAUAUUUGGUGAAUUUUCGUGGCCAAAAAAUGUUAAAACAAACUAUCUGACUUAUGGAUCAGGUAAAGAAGGUGCCGCCAAAGACUAUUACACUCUAGAGUGCCUGCUUUUUCUAUUAAAACAUGUCCAGCUCACACAUCCGGUGUACGUACGACAGGCUGCGGCUGAAAAUAUUCCUGUCGUACGUCGGCCAGACCGUAAAGAUUUACUGGCAUAUCUCAAUGGUGAGACAGCAACAUCAGCUGCGAUUGACAAAUCAGCACCACUGGAAAUCCCGACCCAGGUUAAAAGAACUGCUGAAGAUGGUCUGGAUUCAGGUUUAUCAAAAAAACCGCGAUUCGAGGAGACACAUGUGCAGCGAGUCAAAGAUCAACUUGCAGCCAGAUUAGAUGCACCCAAAGAAGCUUCAGUUACUGUUGAUAACAUCAAAUCCCUGUCUGAAGCCAUGUCCGUUGAAAAAAUAGCUGCUAUAAAAGCUAAACGUUUGGCUAAAAAACGUACGACCAUAAAAGAAAACGACGACAUCGGCAUGGGAUCAGAUUUGCGAGUCAUCUUGGACAUGGACGUUGACGAUACUAAAGACAUUGUCUCUAGGGAAAGACAGUGGAGAACUCGUGCGACUAUUUUACAAAGCAGUGGUAAAAUAUUUGGUAAAAAUAUAUUUGCGAUUUUACAAAGCAUUAAAGCAAGAGAAGAAGGCAGACACAAGGGUCCAGCAGUACCGACUCCGAUGGUUACUCCACGAUCAACCCCAAUGCGACCAAUUCCACAACCAGCUGUUUACAAUCGUUAUGAUCAAGAAAGAUUUAUCAGACAGAAAGAAGAGACUGAAGGCUUCAAAAUUGACACCAUGGGAACUUAUCACGGAAUGACAUUGAAGUCAGUGACUGAAGGAUCGAAUCCGGCUGUGAGGAAACCGAUACCGAAUCCUUCUUCAACUCCUACGUCAGGUCUAUUGCCAACGUCUGCUGCCAAACUUACGCCCCAACAAGCUGCUCAGAAUAAACGUCCCAGCAGAACUCCGAUAAUCAUAAUCCCCAGUGCCAAUUCGUCUCUCAUCACGAUGUUCAAUGCUAAAGAGGCCUUGCAAGAUUUGAAGUUCGUCAGCAAUGAAGAAAAGAAAGCGAGUGGCGCGAAAAGAGAAAAUGAAAUCUUGUUGCAAAGGAGAAAAGAAGGAGGACUGACGGUACCGUAUAGAGUUAUUGAUAAUCCGCAGAAACUGACUAACGCUGACUGGGAUCGAGUCGUCGCGGUUUUCGUUAUGGGACCAGCAUGGCAAUUUAAGGGAUGGCCCUUUGAUGGUAAUCCAGUUGAAAUUUUUUCAAAAAUUUGCGCUUUCCAUUUGAAAUAUGAUGAGAUGCGGCUCGACGCAAAUGUCGCCAGGUGGGCUGUCACUGUCAUUGAGCUGAGUCGCACAAAACGUCAUCUUGAUCGCGCCGCGCUUAUGCGCUUCUGGGAACAUUUGGAUAAACAUAUUGUCAAAAAUAAACCUUUAUUAAGGUUUUAAAUUUUCGCUUAAAUAUUUUAAAUAUAUAUAUAUAUUUUAAAAUGUAUAGUAUUAAAUAAUAAAUGUUCAAUUUUAAUUGUA